AUUGACUAGUUCCAACCAAGAUCUCCACGGUCGAGAGCCAAGCCACUUUACUACUUGCCUACGCUCCAUUGCUUGAGGGGAGUAGGAAAAAGACUGAAAUUCAAUUGACGUGAGUACCUCCCAACGCAGCUAAAGUGGUGAGGAUAUAUUUUUCUUCAAUGCUCACCGCCAGGUCCUGCCACUGCAUUGUUUGAACUUCACGCGGCUGACGGUAGUAUUAGUUUGAGCAGGACUCCGAAGACAGGUGUCCCACUGACACAUUCCGGUGGAACGUCGGAAUACAUAUCUUAUCCUUGGACAUGCCGUCAUUCCACCCAAUUGAAUGGAGGGAUCCGAGAUUUGUACAACUCGCACCGAAGACCGAGAUAUUCACAACCACACGCACAUGGUAGCUCUAAUUGAGCGGUGACAUUAUCUGUGCAUGUCAAUGCACCGGUGAGUGCCGAGUGCACUAUGCCUUCUAAAGAAGGUAAACCACUCAAGUUUCGAAUGCUUCAUGGCCUCAAAAGAAGCGAGUACCUCUGAUCAAUACUCUCACGUAAGUGCGCGUACCUAUGAGUGCGGGAGUCCUGUUCCUCGAAGAUGCUUUAGCCUUCCUGGGCAUCAUUCACGGCAAUGGUCUCCUCUUUAUUCUUUGCAUUCGCGAUCCUAAACGGAGCGCUGUUGCUUGGCACACUUUAUAGAAGGAACUACAACCCGGCGGAUGAAGAUCUAGAUUACACGUGGUUAGGUGGGGACUUUCCUUUCGAGAUGCCGACUGGCCCCAUCCCUACCGUUGAGAUGACCUUUCACGAAUCUAUACGAUUCGACAUUGCCUACAACAGCUCUAUCCCAAACUGGGAGACCCUUCACUCAGAUACAUAUGGCAUCGGCUAUACACAUCUAGGUCCUUUCCACCAUCGAUAUACAUCGUCUGCCCAUCAUUCAUUACAUUGCCUCCACACCUUUACGACACAAUUUCAUCGCCACGACCCUCAACGAGUUGCUCACUGGGAGCAUUGCCUCAUGUACCUGCGACAAUCUUUUAUGUGCAACAUGGACAUGACACUUGAAGUCGGAGAUUUCUUGGUGAAGAAUCUCACCCUCGAUCGCGCGGGUGUCACUAGGGAAUGUAGAGAUUGGACGGCUGUGGAUGCGUGGAUGAAGACUACAUUUAGAGAGUGGGAAGAGUUUAACGGGUUCGUUCCUGACUAACUUCAAUAUCUUUCACCAAUGAGUUUCGACAUUCUCCCCGGUCGGCGCACGGAUGUUGGUUUGUGGAUGUGAAGCUCGUAGAUUAGUGUAUACGAAAAUGAUAUUAAGAAAGCUUUGACUCGUUAAUAGCAUAACAUCUUACCUGAAUAUGCCGAAAAUGUGACUAUAUGUUACGAGGAUCAGUCCUAUGAAUAUACUCUUGGUACUCCUGAUAAUUCCGUUCCGCCUCACUCCAAACAGCCUCCCAAUCAAGACACAUCUUAUCG